AUGGAUUAUCGGUCCGACGAUCAACAGCGUAGUCAGCAGCUGUUGGCCAUCGUAGACCGAAGCACUGCAGAACAACUUUUUGCUUUUUUGCAAAAAUUUCAUCGGAAACCUUUUCAAAAUUUAGCUGAUGUUAUCAGAUAUAAAGGUGUUAUUGAUGAUCAAAUUGAUUUUAUUAAUAGUCCGGGUACGAAAUAUAGUGUAACACCAUUGAUGAUUGCUACUGGAAAAGGUUCAUAUGAAAAAGUAAAAGUUCUUCUGGUUCAUGGAGCAGACCCUAAUAAGCAAUGUGCAACAGGGGAUACAGCAUUGAAUCUAGCUGUUCACCGCCAAAAAUAUCCUAUUGUUGAUUUACUUCUUCAAUAUUAUGCGAAUCCAAAUGUAUAUAAUCAAUCGGGCAAAACAGCAUUACAUCGUGCUGUUAUGUCUUAUUCCGAUGAGAAUGCUCAUUAUAUUCAAGUUUUACUUGAUGCUAGAGCUGAUCCCAACAUUGAAGAUCGAAAUCAACGAAAACCCUUAGAUGAAGCUAUUCUUGCUAAUAAGCCAGGAAUGGUUAAACUUUUACUUACUCACGAUCGGACUUUAGUCAAACGUGCCUAUCGAGCAGCGAUAGUUGCUGCUCGUCUAGGUCACGAUAAAUGUAUGGAGAUUUUACUUAAUUAUGGAAUGGAUCCAAAUAUAACCGAUCGAACGAAUGUUACACCACUUCAUGUGGCAGUUCGAUCAUUAAAAUCAUCGACAGUUCGACUUUUGGUGGUAAAUGGUGCUGAUCAAAACAUAGCAAAUAAUCGAGGGGAAACAGCUUUUGCUAUCGCAGAACAUUUACAACCAGAGCAACAACAAAGCUUUAUUGAUGCUCUUAUUCGAAAUGAUGCUUCUUAUAUGUUUCCACUACUUCGCAGCCAUUCGAAUUGGACACUUGACAGUGAAAAAUAUCGCAGUCCAACGGCUGAAAAUUCAUCUGUACAAAAUUUACUUGAUAUUUCACCUGAAACCUAUUGGACUUGUUUGCUGGCUAGAAAUGGAUGGGUGGCAUUUGAUUUAAAACAUGAAUAUAGUAUAAAUGGAAUAAGAAUCAUUGGAUGUGAGAACCAAUCAGCCCCACGAAAUGGUCGUAUCGAUGUUUCAAAUUCUUUCAAUGGUCCUUGGCUUAAAAUUAUCGAUUUUACUUGCGUGUUAUCUCAAGGAAAUAAAAACGAUUUCUAUUUCCCACCGGUAAAAACACGUUUUAUUCGUGUUCAUAUUUUGGAUAAUUAUGGUGGUAUGGACAUUCGAAUAAAAGUUAUUGGCUUUUUUGGCGUUGAUAUGAGUUUAGUCGACUUACUUCGACAGUAUAAAUUGGAAAAUAGUCUUAACACACUUUUAGCUAACGGUAUUAAUGAUCUUGAAACAUUGGAUGAGCAACGUGAUGCAAUUUUGAAUUCAUCUGAUAAAUAUUUAGAUGUGAAUGAUCAUUUUCAAUUUAUACGUUUAACAGAAGCAUUAAGAUCACCUCGAUUGACUUUUCUGGAAUGGUCUACUCCACCAAAAACAACUGCAAUUGCCGGUGAAAAAUUAAAAACAUUCAGUGUUAUUGGUGAUGAAGGGGUUACCGAUCGAGUUAAACUAGAAGAAAAGCAUGAAAAUAGUCCUCAAGCGACAACAAUACUUAUGAGAGAUCUUGAACCGAUUCAAGGUCAUUCAUUGGUCGACUUUCCUGAUUAUACCUUUAAAUAUCCUGGUCGAUAUAAAAUUCGAGUGAUUAGCCUUGAAUCGCCUGAUAUCCACACACCUUGGCAAGAAAUUGUUGUUGGUUCUACCUUAUCCUACUCAUCUAACCUAAACACACCAGCAAACAAGCAUAUCUACCUUUCGUCAACAACAUCCUUUCCUAAUAAUACUAACACUGAUAAAACGAGCGCACCACCUUUACAAAGAACGCCAGUAACUACUCCCAGCAAAGAUAGUCGUGCGUAUAUUUCAGUAGUAUACGAAAGCGAUAGCGACGACAAUACUGUAGACGAUACAUAUCUUACACGACAAUAUACAGUAAAAGAUUUGCCUUAUUUUUUUCCGCCAUCGAAGAUGUUACGUGCAUUACCGGUGCCACAGUUUGACAAUGAUUACACGACGCAUAAUGACGAUGAUAACGACGGCAUCAAUUACGAUCAUGACAAUUCCAAUACUAAGCCUAGAAAAUAUCAACUUUUAACACCAACGAGAAACUCUGCUAUAAGUUCCACACCAAAAGUCAAUGCUCCUGUCACGUUUCUUCCUGAUCAUACCCUACCGCAACGCGAAAAAAUUACACCAACGAAAUAUAAACUGCGAGAAGCGCGCUUACAACUACUUAAAGAUAAAUCUCCAUACACUGAAUUGAACAAAACAAAUGAACGAACAGGAACGCCGUUAAAGCAUGCACAACCAUCACAAAACGAAAAUGACAAUCGAGACUCAUACAUUUCAUUACCACAAAAAUCCUCUGACUAUGAUCGACGAAACUUGGGUGCACAACGCAACGAUUCUCCUCGAGACGAUGCAGCAUACCAACGGCUAGUAUUACAAGACAAAAAUCAAGAUGACUUGUAUAAUCGGAACUCAUACUUUUCAAACACAUCUUCACCACAGCAAAAACCCUCUGACUAUUAUCAGCGAAUAGAUGGAUCAGAAAAAAGUUCAGUUGAUAGUUAUCCAGAUAAUACUCAACCGAAGUUGUUGUCGCCUGAAAGACUUGAAUCAAUUGAAACUCAAAACAGACGACCACAAGAAAACAAAUACCGACCUAUCGUCAUGUUAGGUCAAGAUCGUGCAGAAUCAGUUAAUAAUCCGAAUGAAAUUAAGUGGGCUAAGUUUGAAUAUCGGCAAAGUCCAUCCGCUAGUAGUUUAAAUGCUCCUGAAUCUAAACAAACUCAAAUGGAGUUUGUAUUCAAGGCUAUUCUUGAAGGUUCUGAUGUUCAAAAGCUAGAAAUUAAGGAAGCUCAUGGGUCAACUGGCCAGCGAACUCCAGCAUAUAGUAAUAAACUUCAAAAUGAUUCAAAUAGUAUACAUUCUUCAAAUGAUGUUCAUGGAAAAUAUGAGAAAAAGCCAAAGCUUAGUGAUUUGGAUGAAUCAAAUUCAGAAUUUGAUGGCGGUAAUGAUUCCUCAAAAAAUAAAUUACCAGCACCAGGAGCUUCUCCUGUGCACACACCAUCGAACUACGAGAGACAUGAUUUGAAACAUAAUACUAUUGAAGAUCGUUUUAGUUCACAAUCGUCAAGAUCACCAUCACCAUCAAAGUCAUCAGAGCGCGAAUCAAAAUAUUAUUUUGGUGAAAAAAAUCAAGAUCAAUUAUCGGAUGAAGAAAAUGGCACAGUAAAGUACAGCGCAUUAGGUCAUGAUUCACAAGGCAGUUCUAGUGUGGGAAAAGGUGCAGAACAUAGUACCUAUUCUGGAAGUAAACAAAAUGCUGCGCCUGCUCGUCAAAAUAAAAAUAAUUAUUAUGCUGAACCUCCCGAAUUCGAAAAGCAUAGUGAUGCUUCAACAAUUACAGUUAAUAAUGCAGACAAAGAAAAGGGGCUUCGAGCGAUUGUGAUGAAACCACGAUCAGAAUCCUAUCCAUCUAGUUCUGAUACCGAUGAAGUAAAUCCACGCGACAAUGUUAAAAGUCCAGUUUAUGAAAAUGAAUCCCCAAUGGAUGGAUCUCAAACUAAUCGCGAGUAUAUGAAUCCACAUGGUACUACUGAUAGAAGUGCAUCAACAGGUGAUGACGAUGAGGAUCCAUCUGAAGUUGAAGAGCCGGGCAUUUCUAGUAUAGCAAAAAAUGAUCCGGUGGUUGGCCAAUCAAAGCAAGGUAAAACGCCAACCGAGAUAACUGUUAGGACUACAGAGGGACGACAAGUGUACACGCCGGGCAUCAUACCGCCAAGACCAAACUCCACAUCAACAACUGAUAUCACUGACGAAGUAACUGAUAGAGCGGUAUUUGAAAGAGAAUAUACGUUUUCUCAAAUACCAGAUCCACAUUCACGUUACAGCAACGAAGAGGACGACGAAGAUUCCGAUAUAAUGGCUAGAUCACAAGAUCGAAAUCGUAAUAAUUCGACUGGUACUCAAUCAGAAAAGAAAAGUUUUAAGAAUUAUGGAACUCAAUCUGAGGAAAAACUAAAACGUACUGUCGGUAUCAUGACUCAAAAUGUGCCAACAUCUAAUUUUGGAAAUGACACACAAAAGGAAUCAACGUCAACUCAAACUCCCAGCAGAAUGCAGGCAGACCGUCAUUCACCAUCAGUAGAUAGUCGAAUACCCUCACCAAUAGUACUACGAGCUAUUGCACCGCCAUAUGGAUAUCGCUCUCAACCGGGAAUUACACCAAUUUCAGCACGUUCACCUAGAACAAAAAAAUCUCCUAAAAAUACAAUUGAAACUGAUACAAGUCUUGAUGGUAUGAAACCUAAACAACAUCGAAGUACCCAACCGGAACCACCAUCAACAAAAGAAUCCGGAACAAUAACUAUUUCACCAAUAAAACGUCUAUCGAAACCACAUUCUAUGACUAGUCUUAAUUCAACACCAAGCUGUGCGAAACGUUCAACAUCGUAUGUAUCAAUUUUGAAAAUCGAUGAUGAUCUUCCAACAACGCCAGCGACGAAUGGUUAUAGAUUGGUGCCAAGUGGCUCAUCGGCUUCAUCAGCAAAAUAUGGUCAUCGCAUUAAACCAAUAUCAUAUGAAUAUCACGAUACUCGUUAUCCUUCUAAAGAAGAAACUCCUAAGCCAGUUCAAGAAAAGCAACAAAUUAGCAUGACUCUAUCUGAUGAACCUCCUUAUCAAGAUGACGAUGAAGAAUUGCGAGGUGAUAUUUCAAUUUCAGUGCGAAUAGACACGCUUAAUCAACCUGAUUCAGUAUCACGUUUCGGUCAGAAAAAUAACUUACCAAUAUCUCCAAAGCAAAAUCGCUUUGAUGACGAUCCUCCACUUUUCCAUGCUCAAGAAAAUCAAAUACCACCAAUACAAACACCACCCGUCUAUCAUAUUGGAACGGAAAAUAUUAUUUUACAACCGGUGGAUAAUGAAUUUACAGUUUCAUUUGAAGAACAUUAUAUUUAUGAGUCAGAUCUUGAUUCAGAAACGGAUAAUAAUGAUUAUAUUCGUUCGUCGACAUUGAAACGUGACGAUUUCCGGUCAAAAAAGAAUCAAACAAUUUUAUUACCGGCAUUGAAUUCGCAUCGAACAUAUAUUUUUGAAAAAGAAUUCAUUCAACCUAAUCAAACCCGCCAAGCAAACACGAAUGGAAACUAUUAUUUAGCUACAUCACCAACAUUACGUUCAUUAAAUUCAUCGAUGCAAAAUGAUGAUUCAGAGAUUAGACCACUUACUCGAAUCAUUGACUCGAAGAUUUUAGUUUGA